CUACCCUACCUACCGUACCGUUUAUUUAGACGAGUUGGUUGUUGUCCUUGUUUUGUUACCUGCUGAAUAAAUUUUCCUAAUCCCAUAUAAAUAAUCGAAAGUAUGGUUUAUUUACAUUUUCCUUCGAAUCUAACUGAAGAAGAAUUGAUGCUACAAGCGAAGUAUCAAAAACUUAAAAAGAAAAAAAAAGCAUUACAGGCCUUGAAAGCUCCAAAACAAGAGCCUGAAAAGCCAAUACUACCUAAAAGACCAACAGAAGCUAGAGAUGCACGGGAAAUAGCUCGCAAAUUGAUUAAAAGUGGCGCUAUACAGGCUAUAAAAAGUCCACCGCCACCACCACAAAAUGCAACUUUUAAAAGACCUCGAGCAGGCAGAGAAAGAAAACUCAGUGGAUCGGCAGGUGCCGCAGGAGGGGUGGCAUCAUAUCAGCCAUUUAGUGCUUCACAGGAACCUCCUCCUCCUGAAGAAAAGACUGCUCCCCGUGUGAAAUACCUUUAUGACUCCUUUGUCACUGCACGUGAUAAAGAGGAGAAGACCCCAAGGCCUAAUGCUGGUGGUGAUGCAGCUGCCACAAGUGGACCCCGAAGCUCAACAUUGUUAGUCACAGGCAGCCAAAUAACCGAGGAAGUCAUCAGACGCAGACUCAAGACCUUUGAACCAUUUACUUAUACACAGGAGCCUGAUGAUGACAAGGUAUUCUUAACAUUUGAUUCCGGUGAAAUUGCCAGUCAUGCUCAGACUGCUUUGGAUGGAAAUGAAGAAGGUUGGAGAGUGACCACAGCACGCCGACCGCCGCCCACCGGCGCUUGGACCCCAUCUGCAUCACCUCGUAACGCUCCGCCACCUAAAGACCCUAAGCGUACUUUAGUAUCAUAUGAUGAUAUAUUUGAAUAAAAAAUUAUAUGUGCUGUAAUUUUUGUUUUGUAUGUAAGUUUUUGUCUAUUGAAAAUAAUAAUAUACCUCAGAGAGGCCAAGAUAACAUAAGGCUUGGACAACUGGUGUAAGCUUUAUUAAGCUCUUAACUCUUUAUAGCUGAACCUUCAACAUGUAUUUUGGUGUUGAACAUCCAUCAUAAGCUAAACUUAGCUUGCAUAGAUGUAGCUAUAUACCCUACAUCUUUUGGCAAAGUUUGCCAGCUCAUUGAUGCUCGUUGACAGCAUGCUAGCUAUGUUUAGCUAACAAUGUAUAAAUUCAACUAAAAUAAAUACAAAUUCAAUUCAUUGUGAUGUUUAAGUGACAUGACAGGCGUAUCCAGGGGGAGGGUUUUGGGGGUUCAAAACCCAGAAAAGAUAUAAUUUUAAGACAUUCAUAAAAUUAAAGACUGCUUAUCUCAUUCAUAGUACUCCUACACUAAAAUAUGUGGUUUGAAUUCUCAACAAGACAACUGUCACUAUAGAACAUGUGUCUGGAAAAGAACUCUGAAUUUUUACUUUUCAUACAAAUAUAGGUCCCCAUGCAAAUUAUUUGUAUGGGUAGUUCAAAAUUUUACCUGGCUUAGUUUUCAUUACAAUAUCUUUACCAUUGUAUUAAGAUUUGUAUUAACAAUUUCUUUUAAAAUCAUAACACAAGUGUUAUAAAUAUAGGUUAAAUGAAAAAGCAACUUCUGUUAUCAUGACAUUGCUUUUUUAUUUAGCCUAUAUUGUCCACUGCUCUAAUAAGAACUCCCCCAUUUCUCAAUAUUCUAAUGAAUAUGUUAUUUUAUUUACUUGAACCCUCCCUGAUACUAAAACCUGGCUACACCCUUAAGUAACAUUAUAUCACACUAGUUGGUAUCCAUUGUACAACUAGAAUAGUAUAAAACAAAAACCUCUUUAACUAAAACCAAAAUAUAAAAUCAUUCUGUCUCA